CAGUUAAGCAGCGCAGGUAUUUUACCUCUGACACAACUUGGUAUCAACGUUGCUAGUCCUCAGUUAUCUGGCAAGAAACAACAACAAGCUGUGACAUUGUCUUCAUCGCUAACACAACUGCAGCAACAACAAGCCAGACAACUCACUGCUGGUAAGUUUACCAAGAUCAACAUUUCUUCUAUAGCGCAAGUUUGCAUGUGAUUAUGAUCAAAUGCACUUUACAUCAAGUAUUAUGCUUGUCUAAUUACGUACUUGCCUAUAAACUAUUAUUAUCUUUAUAAUAAUUGUGAUAUUAUUUUCUUAUACCUAUGUUGUUUAUUUGGGUUCUCACCCUUCGUCCGUUUGACUUUCCAUAGCCCGUUUGACUUUCCAUAGCCCCUUACAUUAAAAUUUCCAAAACCAACUCCUUAAAAAGUAAUACUAAGUAAUAAAACCCUUUCACAUUCUAUGGCUUUUAUUUGCGCCAAAUUCCACGACUUUUCAUAGCCCUAAACAGUAACAAUAGAUUUCCCAAACUUUCCAGGCCCUGGAAAACACCUCAAUCAAUUUCCAAAACUUUCAAAAACUCGUACGAACCCUGCUCUCAAAUUCUCAAUCACGUUAUGAAAAAGUCCGCAGAGGUGGCACACUAAGAGGCCAACACCUGACCAUACCCCAGUCUGGUCGCGAAGGCUUGAUGCAUUUUGAGCGACUCAGAUUUAGGAUAAGUUUUGACAACAGUAUUAAUCUGAAUUAGUGGUACAUUAUAAUGUCGUUGCCGUAUUUUCCUGACCCUUCAUAUAACCAGGGGAGAGAAUGCAACCCUAGGUAUAAUAGCGAUAUUUUACAUUCAAUGUUGGGUUUGGACAUGGAAAACUUUUAGAACUUCUUCAAUCCCAGUAUUCGCAUUUUUAGAUGCUUCACUUAGGCACAAUUUUAUUUCGCUUCUUCAUAUUUUCUUAUGUCAAAAGAACCAUUUUGUAUUUCUGUUUCAACAAAUUCAUUCCGCGAAUUUAAUUCAAUUUCAAUUAAUAUUCAUUUCAAUUUAGCAUCAGUUAAUACGUCAACAGCAGUAACCAUGGUAACCAUUGGUAACACAGCAACGCCCAUAGCAACCAUGACGCCAGCUGGAAGUAGAUCUGCUUCAAUUGUCCCUCUUCAACAACCUAUUCAGGUAAAUAUAUCCAACUUACUGACGUUAUACAUAUGUUCGGGCUGAUCCAUGUCCUCCAUGCUUUUCUGCCCCUCGUCAUGUCCUGAACUGUCAGUUCCUUGAUAUGUAGGAGGCGUGCGAUUAUAAAGUCCUUUUUUCCCCUACCUUUGUUCAUGUGCAGGUCAUAAUGUCUCUGACUGACUCUAUUUCAUCUCUUCUUAUUACGUGUCCAUACUAUCUGCCUUCUUCUCUGCAACAUCUACCACCUCACAUCUUCUCGUCUCUUCACUACAUAAUGUCUCUGACUGGCUAUCUUUCAUCUCUUCUUAUUAUGUGUCCAUACUUUCUGAGCCUGCCUCCUUCUCUGCAAACAUCUACCACCUCACAUCUUCUCAUCUCUUCACUACAUAAUAGGGCCAUUUAUACGAGCGAAAAUAAGUCGCGGCCUAAAUAAGCCGCGGCUUAAAUAAGUCGCGAACGAUUCGUAUAAACAGUCAAUUUGCAAUAAGCCGCGGCUAAAAUAAGCCCAGGCUUGAAAGCUAGGCCUAAAUAAGCCGCGGCUUGUUGCAAAUUGACUGUUUAUACGAGUUGUUCGCGACUUAUUUAAGCCGCGGCUUAUUUAGGCCGCGACUUAUUUUCGCUCGUAUAAAUGGCCCUAAUGUCUCUAACUGACUCUCUUUCAUCUCUUCUUAUUACAUGUCCAUACUUUCUCAGCCUGCCUCCUUCUCUGCAACAUCUACCAUCUCACAUCUCUUCACUACAUAAUGUCUCUGACUGACUUUCUUUCAUCUCUUCUUAUUACGUAUCCAUAUUAUCUGCCUCCUUCUCUGAAACAUCUACCACCUCACAUCUUCUUAUCUCUUCACUACAUAAUGUCUCUGACUGGCCGUCUCUUAUUUCAUCCGGUUAUUACGUGUCCAUACCAUCAGCCUUUCUCCGUUCUCUACAAUGCUUAUCACAGCACAUCUUUUUCUUCUCUUCAUUCCUUAUUUAGUUUCUUCAGCGAAAUAUGUGGGAUCCAUCAACAAUCUGAUCUUGACUACCUUUGUACUAACACCACUUUCACGUUUAGGUUCGAAUGGUUCCGUUUCCACAGGGAGCGCAAACAGUACAAUCACGUCAAAUCACAUUACAGCCUCAAGUUAAUCCUACAAACAGCAACACUGGCAGAACACCAGGAAGACCCAACUUGAGACGCAGAUCAUCUCAUCAAUCGAACAGUUCACAAAAAUAA